CUUCGCGGCUAAGCAUUCAUUGUUCAUCGAGCCUCGAGCCUUCUAUGUCUAUCUCUAUUCUCUAUCAACUGAUUCGCGUUUGCGCUACGUGCAGUGGGUAACAUCGAUAUGUCAAUACUUGUAAAGUACGAGCUUUCGUAAAAAGUGUACGAUGUCGUAAAAAGUACGCGGAGAUAUUUUUCAAGUAAUCGUAGGCUGCAACAGUGAUUAGGUUAUGAAAAAGUCGAACAAGCAUUGGACAGGUGUGGGUAAUAUUUCAACAGUGUGUUUGUCCGAGGUGAAGGGGGACCGUGAGGACCUCGAAGACAGACUCUCGACCUUUUACAUGAAGGAACAAGAUAUCCCGGAAUAUUUGGAAGGCUGUGGUUUAACCACCUGCACAGCCGAUAUGCCUGAGGACGUAGCCGCCCUGCGGGAUAAUAAGGAACAGAUGAAAGAAAAAAAGUUAUCCUCCGCGUCCAUAGCGGGCCCCGACACUAAGAAAACAGUAACUGUCAAACAUCCUGAAUCGAACAAACCGAAACCGACCACGAAAAAAGGCAAACCGAUCCAAGCUGACUUAGACGUUUCGAAAGAGUUUAUACGAUGCAGAGACGAAUGUGUGAAACGGCUAGAUUUAAGUAAAUCGAGCAUCACGCAUCUGCCAAGCACAGUGCGGGAUUUGACGCAUUUGGUGGAAUUUUAUCUAUAUGGUAACAAGCUCGCAACAUUACCCCCGGAGAUUGGUUACCUCGCGAAUUUGGAAACACUGGCUUUAAGUGAAAAUUCUCUUACCAGUUUGCCAGGGUCAUUGGAAAACUUGAAAUCAUUAAGAGUACUGGACCUCAGGCAUAAUAAAUUGAACGAAAUACCCGAUGUUGUUUAUAAAUUGACCAGUCUCACGACUCUGUAUUUACGCUUCAAUCGCGUCAAAUAUGUCAACAACAACAUUAGAAACUUGACAAAUUUAACCAUGCUGAGCUUGAGGGAAAACAAAAUCAAGGAACUUCCUGCCGGUAUCGGAAAAUUGGUCAAUUUAAUAACAUUCGACGUGUCCCACAACCAUCUGGAGCAUUUGCCCGAAGAGAUCGGAAAUUGCAUCCAAUUGUCUACUCUUGAUUUGCAGCACAACGAGCUUUUGGAUAUUCCAGAUACAAUUGGGAAUUUAAUUGCUUUGACGAGAUUAGGUCUUAGAUACAAUAGAUUAACUAAUAUUCCAAAAUCGUUGGCAAAGUGUAAGCUAAUGGAUGAGUUCAGCGUCGAAGGAAAUCAAGUGUGUCAACUGCCCGAUGGGCUGCUGUCUAGCCUUUCCGAUUUGACAUCGAUUACAUUGUCCAGGAAUGCCUUCACCGCAUAUCCGUCAGGAGGACCAGCCCAAUUUACGAAUGUUUACGCUAUCAAUCUUGAACAUAACAAGAUCGAUAAAAUACCGUACGGUAUUUUCUCUAGAGCGAGAAAUUUAACAAAGUUAAAUAUGAAGGAAAACCAAUUAACUGCUCUACCUUUAGAUAUCGGUACAUGGGUUAAAAUGGUCGAAUUGAAUUUGGGCACCAAUCAGCUGACAAAGAUUCCAGACGAUAUUCAAUGUCUUCAAAGUUUGGAGAUCUUAAUACUUUCUAAUAAUUUAUUGAAACGCAUUCCUGCCAGCAUAGCAAACUUACGCAAACUUAGAGUUUUAGAUCUUGAAGAAAAUAAGAUCGACUCUUUACCCAAUGAGAUUGGUUUCCUACGAGAUUUGCAGAAAUUAAUCUUGCAAAGUAAUCAAGUGACUACUUUGCCAAGAGCGAUCGGUAACUUGACAAAUUUAACGUAUUUAAGCAUAGGGGAAAAUAAUCUUACCUAUUUACCCGAAGAAAUUGGUACAUUGGAAAAUUUAGAUUCACUGUACAUAAAUGAUAAUGCAAACUUACAUAAUUUACCAUUUGAAUUAGCUUUGUGCACAAACCUUAGUAUUAUGUCAAUUGAAAAUUGUCCACUUUCACAAAUUCCACCAGAGAUAGUUGGCGGAGGUCCUUCCUUAGUGAUUCAGUUUUUAAAAAUGCAAGGACCUUAUCGAUCUAUGUAACAAAAUUAGAAAAUUGUCUUUC